CGUCUCAAGGGCUUUUAAAAGGCUGCAGAAAUGUCUUAAGCGCACGAGGUCGAGAGGUGGGCGGGGUAAGUGUCUCUUCCCGUGCAAAGAGAGGCAGAGUGAAGGGAGGGACAGAUCAGAUGCCGAGUCCUCACGCAGGUUCAAUCUUUUAAAUCCCGGGAGAGGGAGAGCCCGGAUCCUAGAUUACCCUGCCGCUCGCUUCCAGGAACGUAGCUGGGAGAGGGAAAACCGUGCUCCAGACCAGCCGCGUUGCCCCAGGAUUAAAUCCAGGUCCUCGGAGAGGAGGGGGUGUCCUGGGGGAAUCCUUCACAUCCUAUAUCCUCGAUAAAGUUCCUGAGUGGUGGGGAGAUUGCUUCCAUAGCAAAUCUCGAGCAGGAAAUAACAACAAUUUUGCAAGGGAGGAACCGCAGGAGAUUGUGCUCACCUUCUCCUUAUGUGCUGGAGGAGACUAAAAUAGGGUUGGAAUCUCAGCAGUUCAAUUUGUCUUAGGAGGGUGAGUGAACCAGCACAUCAUUAACCCCAUCAUCAAUGUUUCGUGUGAGCUCAGCCCCUGCAGUUGGUUAAUCUGAUUUGUUGGUUGGUUGGUUGGUUCAAUUUUCCUGGCCACCCAUAGAAAUGUGUUUGUGUUUAGAGUGUGUUGUGUGAAGUUGCCUGCAUGUAAUUGUACGAUUUGGCUCUUAAAAAGCAAACCGUGAAGAAAGGGCAAUGGAACAUCGUAAAUCAGGUCAUUUCAUUGUAUGUGAACUGAACUUUUGUGAUUGAUUAACCCUUUAAGCAUUUGCCAUGUUGUGUGAACCCUGCUUGUAGAUAAAUGCAGAUAUGGGUUUUUAUAAAGCAAGCCCUAUCUUGAUCACAUGGUCUCAGGGCACUGAAACCUUCAUGAGUACAUCCCAGUUGCCAAAUGUCCAAAUAUUACAAGGGUCAUAAAUUUGAAAAACAGGCAUGUCACUUUUUUGGUGCCAUUGUAAUGGUUUUAAUAAAAGUGAGAUACAAAUAAAUAAAUAUUAGAUAUUAAUGCACAAGCACUAACUGCUCAUUGCCACUAUAAUCCUGUACUAUCUUAGAAAAAAUACUUUCUUCCAUUGGGAUAAGUGUUCUUCAGGGAUUAAAUCCAUUACUUUCUAAUUCAUCCCAAAUACACACAUUGGAUGCCAUCUGUACAUCCUCUUGUAGAGGCAAAAAUGUCUCUUGGACAAAGACAACAGAAUGACUUGUUCUGGUCAUUACUAUGGUUAAAGGAAUGGUCCUGUGAAUGAAAAGGUGUUUGGAGAUCCACAAGAUUCCCUGGACCCAUGUGGAGUUGCAUUCCAGGGCAGAAAAAAAUGGAAAGUAAGGGAACUGGAAAAGGCCCUUCUGGUAUUCGGCCUGGGAGCCAAGGGAAGAUCUGGGCAAGAACUAAGCAGAAGAUUCAGGAGGAGAAAACCACCCUCUCAGACAUUCAGGCCUGGAAAUUCAGGAGCAUCCAAUAUCAGGAGGAUGAGGGUCCCCGAGGACUUUGCAGCCGACUCCAUUCUUUUUGUAGUCAAUGGUUGAGACCAGAAAAGCACACAAAAGCACAGAUGCUGGACCUGGUUGUUCUGGAGCAGUUCCUGGCCCUUCUGCCCCUGCAGAUGGAGAGCUGGGUGCGGGAUUGUGGAGCAGAGACUACCUGCCAGGCGGUGGCCCUGGCGGAAGGCUUCCUCCUGAGCCAGGCAGAGGAGAAGAAGGAGCAGGUUGAGUUGCAGUCCUUUCUGGUGAAGAUCAGAGAUCCCGAGAUAAAGAGGCAUCCAUCAAAUCUCCCCCAAGAACUGUUUUUCAGGAAGAUCUGUCAGGACACCUCAGGAGGGAAGAAUAGAAGGAAGUUGUCUCUUCCUUAUGGUGGAACUGAAACCAUGAUUGAACCUCCAACUCAGGAGGGCCUUGUCUCCUUCGAGGAGGUGGCUGUGUAUUUCUCCAAGGAGGAAUGGACUGAGUUGGAUCCUAACCGAAAAGCACUGUAUUGGGAAGUCAUGAUGGAAAAUUAUAAGAACGUGGACUCUCUUGGUACCUAUGGGCAGAAGAAUAAAGAUUUCAUUGAACCAUUCCAAUUGAUUAGACAUGGAAAAGGAAUUGAGAAACAUGCAGUUCAAAUAGAAGUAGGGAAUUGUGAGAGAAACUGGCAUAAGGAAAGCUCAGCUUCCAUUGAUGCACAGAUUCAAGACUUUCUUACCCAACAAGGAAACCACAAGAAAAAACAUAUUGGGAAAGGUGUAAGACUGUUCAAAGACACAUCCAAUGUAAAUGAACAUUAUCCAACCCAAUCUAAAGGAGAAGAUUAUAUAUGCAGAGACAAUGGAAAACAUUACAAUGGGACUUUCACUCUUUCUCGAGAAAAUGGAUCUCUUACAUCUCAUAAAAGGAUGCAUAAGGGAGAGAAGCCAUUUAAAUGCAUGGUGUGUGGAAAGGGUUUUAGCCAGCAGAGCAACCUUAGUUCCCAUAAAAGGAUCCACACAGGGGAGAAGCCAUAUAAAUGUAUGGAAUGUGGAAAGACCUUUACUCAGAGUGUUCAGCUUACUUGCCAUAAAACAAUCCACACAGGGGAAAGACCAUAUAAAUGCAAAGAAUGUGGAAAGAGCUUCAGUCAACCCAGUAGUCUUACUGUUCAUAAAAGAAUCCACACAGGGGAGAAGCCAUAUAAAUGUAUGGAGUGUGGAAAAACCUUUACUUACAGUGGUCAUCUUACCUCCCAUAAAAAGAUCCACACAGGGGAGAAACCAUAUAAAUGCAUGGAGUGUGGAAAGACCUUUAGUCGUAACAUUCAACUUACUUCCCAUAAAAGGAUCCACACAGGGGAGAAGCCAUAUAAGUGUAUGGAGUGUGGAAAAGGCUUCUGUGAAAACUGGUCUCUUACUGUUCAUAAAAGGAUCCACACAGGAGAGAAACCAUAUAAGUGUAUGGAGUGUGGAAAGGGGUUCAGCCAACAUAGUAAUCUUACUUCCCAUAAAAGGAUCCACACAGGGGAGAAACCAUAUAAAUGCUUGGAGUGUGGGAAGAUGUUUAUUUAUAGCAGUCAUCUUACUUCCCAUAAAAGGAUCCACACAGGGGAGAAGCCAUAUAAAUGCAUGGAAUGUGGAAAGACCUUUACUCAUAACAUUCAGCUUACUUCCCAUAAAAGGAUCCACACAGGAGAGAAACCAUAUAAAUGCAUGGAGUGUGGAAAGGGCUUCAGCCAACAUGGUAAUCUUACUUCCCACAAAAGGAUCCACACUGGGGAGAAACCAUUUAAAUGCAUGGAAUGUGGAAAGACAUUUACUCAUAGCAGUCAACUUAUUCCCCAUAAAAGAAUCCACACUGGGGAGAAGCCAUAUAAAUGUAUGGACUGUGGAAAAACCUUUACUCAUAGCAUUCAACUUAGUUCCCAUAAAAGGAUCCAUACUGGGGAGAAGCCAUAUAAAUGUAUGGAGUGCGGAAAGGGCUUCAGCCAACAUAGUAGUCUUACUUCCCAUAAAAGAAUCCACACAGGGGAGAAGCCAUUUAAAUGUAUGGAAUGUGGAAAGGGCUUUACUUAUAGCAGUCACCUUACUUCUCAUAGCUGGAUCCACAUAGGAGAGAAACCAUUUAAAUGCAUGGAAUGUGGAAAGACCUUUACUUAUAGCAGUCAUCUUACUUCUCAUCAAAGGAUCCAUACAGGAGAGAAGCCAUUUAAAUGCAUGGAGUGUGGAAAGGGUUUCAGCCAACGCAGUAAUCUUACUUCCCAUAAAAGGAUCCACACAGAGUCGAAGCCAUAUAAAUCUCGGGCAUGUGGAAAGAGCUACAAGAGGAGCAAUGACCUAAAAGAGAUACGUUUAGUUAAGGAUAUUCCGGAGGAUCAGGAUGAAAGUGACUGCACUGUGUUGACAUUGCAAACCACCAAGGAAGAAGAGAGAUCUUUGGAAACUAGUGGGGAUCAAAAGAAAAUAAUAUGAAAUUAUGAAAAAUUACUUCAGUUCCUCCUGACUAAACCUACAGAAAUGAGAAGGGGAAUUGCCUGUGAGAUGUGAAAAUGCCAGAAAAUAAUACUGGCCAACAAAGAUUUUGCAUCCUGUACACCUUUGAUGUAUCUUAUAGAUUUUUGGCUGCUAAUAACAAAAAUAGCCUGUCAUUUAAGGUGCUGUGUACUGCUUUAUAGAAAUCUGCUCUUUCUACACAACAGCAAUGUACACCCUACAGCCGUGAUGGCGAACUUGUGGCAUGCGUGCCAGAGGUGGCAUGCAGAGCCCUCUUUGUGGGUACGUGCAUUAUCACCAGCUGGUCUUCGUGGGUGCCAGGGCACCGGAAAAUGGCCUGAAAAUGGCCCCAAAAAUGCCCCAAAAGCAGCUGAUUUCAGGCCUUUUUUGGCCAUAUUUGGGACUGCUUUUGAGAGUGUUUUCAGGCCAUUUUUCAUCUGCCUGAAAACAGCUCAAAAAUGGCAAAAAAAACCCACCAAAAACCAGACAUGUGCACCAAUCAAUUUCAGCCUUUGAGUUUUCAGUGCUCCGGGGGCCGCACAAGUAUGCACAUGGACGCACAUUCUGGUUUGUGCACUUGUUGCUGAAAAGGUUUGCCAUCACUGCCCUACAGUAUCUGUUGGCUGCAUUGCACAAAUGCAAACCAUGAAAAUAUGGAAACCUUGGUUCUAAUUUACAUGAAAGCUGGAACAUGACCAGUGAAGUAAAAACAAGGAUAGAGAAAGCUCGA